AUGGCGAGACGUGGCAUUUCCAACUACGAACCAUCUGGUGGCCCCCAGCAGUUCAACAUCUUUUGGCAGGAGACUCUGCGCUCCAGCAACGAUGGCAUUUCCGGCAUAAAGCAAGCGUACGACCUACCAGCCAAAAGUUCCUUCAAGGAUGUCACGACCACAAACCGUGAGCUCAUGCGCAAGCCACGUGACUUUGUACUUGCAGCUCCAAAUCCCGAGCUGCGCAUGGCCUUAGCUGAGCCCAGUGGAGACUUCGGACGUGCUGGACGAAGCAGUUGGCACUACAACCUGAGCCGCCCUUUGGGCCGGAAGGUGAAAUUGCAUUCAAUGGCCUCUGCCAGCUUUGACGGCAAGCAUUUGCCUCACAUGGCAUCGCUGACUGGCACGUGGUCAACGCUGAAAUAUGGCUGGACUGGCACAGCAACUGCCAACGCGCAAGCCUUCAACACGAUCUGCCCAGCUGCGGCAUGGGAAGCUGAAGAGGAUGCUAGGAGAUCCAGACCCUCCACUCAUACAGGCACUUCACUGCACGCAGCUUCGCAGCUUGCUCGAAUGACCUCCACACCACGGCAAAGUCUGGUGCCUGGAGCCGCAACCAAAAAGGGUGAGUUCGAAGCGCUGUUGAACCAGUCGGGUUUGUCCUCUUGGACGGAGUUUGCGCCCACCAUCCGCCAUCCUCGGCUUUGGUGA